AUGAGCUGGAACAAUCAACCAAUGUGCACACCUGGUGGCUCUAUGCAGCACGGCUCUUUCGGAGGCAAUUACAUGCCCCCAUUUGACCAAAUGGGAAAUACUGCUCCAGUAGAAACAGAAAGUUUGUCUCUCGAGCACCGUACUCAGGUCACCGGUCGUGAACUUCAGGAGCUUUUAAGCGUCUCCCAUCAGAGUAUUGACGAGGCUCAGGAAAGAAAGCAAGCAUUAAACAACCACCGAUUGAAACCGGCUCUUUACAAUGUCUUUUGUGAGAUAAAGGAGAAGACAGCUUUGAGCCUCCGUAGCACCGCUGCCGCAAGCACGGAGGAGGAGCUAAACGCCCCUGACCCACAGUUAUUGCGGUUGGACAAGAUGCUAAUUGCCGAGGGCGUCACAGGGACGAACGACAUCGGGGACUUUGACGGUACUGGUGGUGGAAUGGCAGGCGAUAGUGGCCAGAUUGAGCAUGCAGACUACCGGGCCAAACUCACUCAGAUACGCCAGCUGUAUCACACGGAGCUGGAGAAGUACAAGAGCGCUUGCGAUGAGUUCACUGGUCAUGUGAUCAACCUACUCCGAGAGCAGAGCCGAAGUCGGCCCAUCUCCUCGACAGAAAUCGAUCUCAUGGUCGGUAUCAUUCGUCGGAAAUUCCGUGCUAUUGAAACCCAGUUAAAGCAGAGUAUUUGUGAAGCUGUCAUGAUUCUUCGCUCCCGCUUCCUCGAUGCCAGACGUAAACGUCGGAAUUUCAGCAAGGAGGCCACUGAAGUACUUAAUGAGUAUUUCUACUCUCACUUGGCUAACCCCUAUCCCUCAGAGGAGGCCAAGGAGGAACUUGCCAAGAAAUGUGGCAUCACCGUUUCUCAGGUUUCCAAUUGGUUCGGCAACAAGCGGAUCCGGUACAAGAAGAAUAUUGUCAAGGCCAAGGAGGAGGCCAAUAUGCACGCAGCGAUGACGGCUGCUGCCGCUGUCUCCGAAGGCACAGGUAGACUGCCGCCUCACCCCCACGCCAUGCCCGAUGAUCACGUGACAUCCUCGUACCCACACGCACCAGUCAUGUACGACUACGAGGAGCAGCAGCAGCAGUUACAGAGCCAGUCGGCGGCGUCGGAGCACCGAGACACCGGCGGAUGGAUGGCCGACGAGCCAGAGCGUAAACGCAGCAAGAUGUGA